AUGGAAGUAAAACCAUUUAUCUUUAUCUGGAGACUUCUUGGGAAAAGGAGUCAUGGUGCAAAGCUCUUCAUCGUGCUUCGUUUCAGUGCUCAGCCAAUGGAUAAUGGAGUUAAGUUUGAUGGUUCUUCAUCAAAACAUCCAUCGCAAGAUUCAGUGACUAAGAAAGUACCAAACAGUUCAAGCAAAGAAAAUAUGGCAUUUCCAUUACAGCAAGGUUUUCCUCGUUCAGUUAGUCAAAAUGCUUCUGAUGCUGAUUCAAAACAAGACAAGUUUAGUUUUGAUGAAGGGACACUUUGCUGGAACUUGUUAAUUUCUCGAAUCUUUUUUGAUAUCAAAAGAAAUGUAGGGUUGAAAGGUUCUAUCCGAGCACAGAUUCAGAAUGAGGUAUGCGCAUUUGAAGUUGAUGCUGAAUAUUCUGGUGGAAUUCUGUUAGAAGUUGAGACCAGACUUGAAGUUAGUGACAAAGAUUUUCAAAAAAGCCUGGUGGACUCAAAUUCAGAAACAAAUUCCGUUGAAAAUGUCUCUUCAAACCUUCUUGAAGGCUAUUUUGGAAAGCAUUUGAAUCUUCCUGAAGAGGAUGAGGCCGACCCUAAAGUAGAUGGUCUAAAAGGCAGUAAAGCUACACCAACAAGUUAUGCAUCCCAAUGGAAGUCUGUUGUAAAUUCCUUAGCCAAACAGGUCUCACAGGUGCCUUUGUCUUUGUCAAUAAGGGUUGCAUCCCUUCGAGGAACGCUGCGGUUGUAUAUAAAGCCACCCCCUUCUGAUCAGUUAUGGUUUGGCUUCACGUCCAUGCCUGAUAUAGAGUUUGGCCUUGAGCCUUCUGUUGGGGAACACAAGAUAACUAGUGGACAUAUUGCUUUAUUCUUGAUCAGUCGGUUUAAGGCAGCUAUAGGGGAAACAAUGGUGCAUGCAUUCCUUGGAUGUUAG